AUGGCAGCAAUAGUCUGCAGAGCGCCGAAAGAGUCCGUUCUCGACUACGACCGCAACAUCGCGGCUAAAUUCGAAUUGUGGCUCGAGGAUGUGAAUGGCUACAUGGCGAUUUGCAAAAUUGUGGAACCAUCAAAGAAAAAGAGUUUGUUUCUUAAUAUAGCGGGAUUGAGCCUAAGGCGAGUGGUCAAAGGUUUGGUAGUGUGGGCCUCAGGUAAGGAAUCAGACGAGUAUGGUGCGCUGAAUGACGCCAUCCCUACGCAUUUCAGACCUUCUACUAACACUACAUCGGAAAGACACCAAUUUCGACAGAUAAAACAAGAAGAACACGAAACUGUCUCAGAAUUUGUAGGCCGUCUUCGGUCCAAGGAGGCGUUGUGCAAUUUUUCUUCAACAGCUGUAGACACAGUGGUAAAUGGGCAAGUAUGUGAUCAAUUGAUUGCUGGUCUGAGAAGUCCUGAUAUAAGACGAGAACUGCUGAAAGAAGCGAAGCUCACUCUGGCAUGGGCUGUCUCAAAGGCAGUGGCACUUGAAGCCUCUAUAGCAGACUUAUAA